AUGGAGGGACUACAGCAAAGAGCCGAAUUGCAGGCAAAGAUUUGGAAGAUAGCAAACGACGUACGUGGCUCAGUAGACGGCUGGGACUUUAAGCAGUUCGUCCUAGGCACACUAUUCUAUCGCUUUAUCAGUGAACAUUUCAAAACUUAUAUAGAGGCUGGAGACGAGAGCGUGCAUUAUGCCGAGCUGGAGGAUAGCGUAAUAGAUGACUUUAUCCGAGAAGAUGCCAUCAAGACGAAGGGCUACUUCAUCUACCCCUCUCAGCUCUUUGAGAAUGUGGUCAAGACAGCUCACACAAACCCCAACCUUAAUACAGACUUAGCACAGAUUUUCGCCGAGAUAGAGGGUUCGGCUAACGGCUACCCCUCGGAGGCAGACAUCAAGGGACUCUUUGGCGACUUUGACACGACCAGCUCUCGCCUAGGGAAUACCGUGGAGGAUAAGAAUAAACGCCUGACGGCUGUCCUCAAGGGCGUGGCAGAGCUGAAGCUUAAUAACUUUGAAGAUAGUGAGAUUGAUCUCUUUGGCGAUGCCUACGAGUUCCUCAUCUCUAACUAUGCGGCCAAUGCAGGUAAGUCAGGAGGCGAGUUCUUCACCCCUCAGAAUGUGUCUAAGCUAAUAGCAAGGCUGGCGAUGUACGGUAAGGAGAAAGUCAAUAAAAUCUAUGACCCUGCCUGUGGCUCUGGCUCACUGCUCCUACAGGCGAAGAAGCAUUUUGAUAAGCAUAUUAUAGAGGAGGGCUUCUUUGGGCAGGAGAUUAACCACACGACCUACAACCUCGCCCGUAUGAAUAUGUUCCUGCAUAACGUGAAUUAUGAUAAGUUCCAAAUAAUGCUGGGCGAUACGCUGACGAACCCCCUUUUGCAGGACGACAAGCCUUUUGAUGCUAUCGUCUCUAACCCUCCGUACUCGGUCAAGUGGGUGGGCAGUGAUGACCCUACGCUGAUCAAUGAUGAUCGUUUUGCUCCUGCUGGGGUGCUUGCCCCAAAGUCUAAGGCUGACUUUGCCUUUAUCCUACACUGCCUGAGCUACCUCUCUAGCCGUGGUAGGGCUGCCAUCGUCUGCUUCCCUGGUAUCUUCUACCGUGGUGGGGCAGAGCAGAAGAUACGUAAGUACCUGAUUGACAAUAACUAUAUAGAGAGUGUCAUCUCGCUUGCCCCUAACCUUUUCUUCGGUACGUCUAUCUCGGUGAAUAUAUUGGUGAUAGCGAAGAAUAAGGCUGACAAUAAUAUUCAGUUUAUUGACGCUUCGGGAGAAGACUUCUUCAAGAAAGAGACGAACAACAACGUGAUGACCGAGGAACAUAUUACGGAGAUUGUCAAGCUCUUUGGCGAGAAGACAGAGCAGGCACACGUCAGCGUUAAUGUGGACAAGCGUCAGGUGGCAGAGAAUGACUACAACCUCUCGGUCAGCUCUUACGUGGAGGCGAAGGAUACUCGUGAGGUCAUUGACAUCAAUCAGCUCAAUGAUGAAAUAAAAGGUAUCGUUAGCCGAGCAGAUACGCUACGCUCCAGCCUUGACGAGGUCAUCAAGGUCAUUGCCUAA